AUGACCAAAUGUCCCUUCACUACGAACUUCAGCUUUUGGUGGAGUGUAGAGAGAACGACUCCCACUGAAUGGAUCCACGGGCGCCCCAAAAGACAACUGAAGGUAGAGAAAAUUGGGAGGCCAGCGCCUGAGAUCGAAGGGCUAGUCAUUGCCAUAGGAUUAAGCCCUUUGAUCGGGUGCUCAGUAGUCACCGGCGAUCUGGGACUUAUAUUUGUGCUUGUGGAGAGGUGGCACGGUGAGACCAGUAGCUUCCACCUUCCAGUGGGAGAGCUAACGAUCACAUUGGAUGAUGUGUCAUCACUCCUCCAUCUGUCGAUCACAGGCGCCUUGCAUAGCUUCGAGCCUCUAGUUAUGGAGGAGGCGGUCAUCUUGUUGAUGGAGUUGCUCGAGGUCUCAGGUCAGGAGGCUAGAGCUGAGACUGCACAGGCACGUAGGGCAUAUGUACGCCUAUUAUGGGUAUGGGAUAUCUAUCUGAGUAGAUGCGAGGCCCGAUGGUGGAUUAUAGCAGCUCGUGCUUAUCUCCUCCACUUGGUUGGUUGCACUCUUUUCACUAACAAGAGUGCAACACACGUCCAUGUAGUGCAUCUGGAGGAUUUUCGAGACCUGGGUGAGAGUGGGAGUGUUCAUGACUGCGUCACUGACGAUCCGUAUGAUGAGACAUCCCCACGUGCCUAUCGGUGGCUUACGACAAAGGCUUAUAUCAAGGGAUUACGAGCACCGGUGUACCAGACAUGUUUAGAUGCUUUGACGAUCAUUGACAUGUGCUGGAUGCCCUAUGUUCGACCAGAUAGGGUGGUACGACAGUUCGAGUACGUUCAGACCAUUCCUCCAUUGUCUGUUAGUGCCUCCUUGUCAUAUGAGGAUAUCGACGACAGGUGGAUGCAUUACGAGGACCAUAUAGCAGAUGCAGGUGAGAUUUUUGUUGUGCUUGGGCAGGUAUCAGCAGAUUACAUGGAGUGGUUCUUCCAGAUAUCUCAUUCGUUCGUCACACCCACACAGGCAGGUGAUGAGCCCAGACAUCCACCUGCCCCACAGCAUGAGGAAUACGUCGAGUCAAGUAUCCCGGAGGUUUUAGUGGGAGCAGACGUUGGACCAUCACAGGCACCUGCAAUGGAUGGUUGUGAAGCGAUCGCAGAAAGGUUGGAGCGUGUGCUUAACCUAAGGAUGGUCACUGAAGACACAGAGUUACAUGAGAUCGUGGAAGAUUGCCUCAGGAUCGCUAGGGGGCUGACAGCUCAGAUGGAAAUAUGA